AGUGUUUCCACUUCCACUGGGCUGCUGGCCUUAUCAGGUCAGACAGUGCUUGGUGCGUUGCCACCCCACUAGGCAGAGGGGGAUGAAGGGCACUGUGAGGGGUCUUCAGCAGCCAAUCCCAGAGCAGACCUUGGUCAGGUGGUUUCUGGAAAUCGAAACCAGACUUGGUUUUCUGAAGCAUUUCCUGGGACCGGCCUGGCCUGCUCUGCUCUAGGAGGGUUGGGGGCCAAGGACCCAUCUGCAGAGGGCUCAGCAACUGCAGCAGGGGGACCAGCACAGCCUUCAGUCGCUGCCUCGACAGGGCCAUGGCUCUCCCUUGCCUCCUCUGGGUGUGGCUGCUGGUCCCCGGGAUUCAAGAGCUGCUGUUCCUGCUCCAGCUCAGACCCAGGGCCUGGAGGCUGGGGGCCGGCCGGYUGACUCCACCUGGAUGUGCUGCUGAGCUGGGGUGUGCUGGAGCUGAGCUGGACCCAGCACCCCUUCAACUUUCCAAAAUUUCAAUGACAGUGGGUCCCCCAGGACCCCAUGGUGUGAAGGAUGGGGACAUGCGGCUGGCCAACGGGGCCGCGGCCAACGAGGGCCGCGUGGAGAUCUUCUACGGAGGGCAGUGGGGCACGGUGUGCGACAACCUCUGGGACCUCACUGACGCCAGCGUGGUCUGCCGGGCGCUGGGGUUCGAGAACGCCACAGAGGCCCUGGGUGGAGCCGCCUUCGGGCCAGGAACGGGCCCUGUCAUGCUGGACGAGGUCGAGUGCACAGGCUCAGAGCCCUCCCUGGCCGACUGCAGAUCCCUGGGCUGGCUGAAGAGCAACUGCAGGCACAAGCAGGACGCCAGCGUGGUCUGCUCCAACGAAACCAGGAGCGCCCACACCCUCGACCUCUCCGAGGAGCUCUCCUUCGCGCUCGGCCAGGUCUUCGACAACCAGAGGGACUGUGACCUCUUCAUCCACGUGGUGGGACAGGGGCCGGAGGAGCUGGACCUCUGUGCCCACACACUGAUCCUGAACGCCAACCCCGAGGCGCAGGCCCUGUCGGGGGCGCCGGGCAGCAACGUCACCAUGAGCGUGGACUCCGAGUGCAUGCCCGUGGUCAGGGACUUUAUCAGGUACUUCUACUCCCGGAGGAUAGAGGUCUCCCUGCAGUCAGUCAAGUGCUUCCACCAGCUGGCCUCGGCCUACAGGGCCCAGCAGCUGCAGGCCUACUGCGGGCGCCUCUUCGCCACACUGCUCCCCCAGGACCCCUCCUUCCGCGCACCCCUGGACCUCUACGCCUAUGCACUGGCCACUGGAGAUGCGCUGCUGGAGGAGCUGUGCGUGCAGUUCCUGGCCUGGAACUUUGAGGCCCUGACACAGGUGGAGGACUGGCUGAGUGUCCCCACAGCCCUGCUCCAGGUGCUGCUUCCCAGGACUGAGUUGACGGUGUCCAGCGAGCUGGCCCUGCUCCAGGCCUUGGACAUCUGGAGCAGGGGCACGGGCACCUCCCACGGGGAGGUGGAGGACCUGGUCCAGCAUGUCCGCUUCCCCAUGAUGCUGCCCGAGGACCUCUUUGAGCUGCAGUUCAACCUGUCCCUGUACCGGGCUCACGAGGCCCUGUUCCAGAAGAAGAUCAUGCAGGCCCUGGAGUUCCACACGGUGCCCCUCCCGCUGCUGGCCCAGUACCGAGGCCUGAACCUCACUGAGGACACCUACAUGCCCCGGAUGUACACCUCAGCCACCUGGAGCGCUAUGGUGACGAGGGACUCCAGGAACAGCCAGAACCAGAGGCUGUGGUAUGGGUCCCGGUCACGGUCUGCAUUCCCGUACACUCCAGAACCUUAUGGCGGCAGAUAUGGGCCCUACCAGUCCUUCCAGACCCCACAACACCCCAGCUUCCUCUUCAGGAGCAAGCUGACGUCCUGGACUCUGCUCUACCUCCCCACCAUGCAGAGCUGCUGGAACUAUGGGCUGUCCUGCUCCUCCGGAGAGCUCCCCGUGCUGGGCCUCACCCAGUCCAGCUACCGGGACCCCACCAUCAGCUACGAGAACAAAGCCCUGAUCCUCUGCGAAGGGCGCUUUGUGGCGGAUGUCACCGACUUUGAGGGCCUAAAGGCCAUGAUCCCCAGUGCCGCRGCCACCAACAGUUCCAGGAGGGCUGCCGCCUUCCCCUGCACCUCGGGGGCCUUCAGCGGCUUCCGAGUGGCGAUUCGCCCCUUCUAUCUGACCAACACCACCAGCCUGGACUAGACCGCGUGGCCCCGAGACUGGGGGUGAGGCGAGGGCCACACGGGAAGGUGGACAUGCCCCAGAUGCCCACACCGAGGGCUCCUUCCUUCACCUCCAGCAACUGGCCACCAGAUGGCCCCCUGCCUCCACCAUUCUCUGAGCUUAUAGAAAUUGCUGGAAGGUUUUGCCAUGGAUGCUGGGAGCUCCCAGGACGCCCACUGCCUGCGGGCUCGCGGGGGGCAACAAGGCGGGACCCAGGUGGCUGGGGGUUUCCUGUGUCCCGGCUGUUGCUCAGGCCACGCUCACUGCUCUGACGACAUUAAUCACACUUUGCUUCCCACUCGG